AGGAACAAAUACAGAGACUGAACUUUGCAUUUUCCGAUCGUAAAAUUCAACUGGAGUAUCCGCCGCCGGCAAGUGACCAGAAGAAGAGCAGCUAAGAAGGAAGAUGAAUACUGAUAUCACAGCAUCGGCAAAGCCCGAGUAUCCAGUUGUAGAUCGAAACCCACCGUUUACUAAAACCGUCGGUAAUUUCAACACACUCGAUUACCUCCGGCUCACCACCAUCACCGGGAUUUCUGUCACCGUCGGAUACCUCUCCGGAAUAAAGCCAGGGAUUAGAGGGCCAUCGAUGGUUACCGGAGGUUUGAUUGGGCUAAUGGGUGGUUUCAUGUAUGCUUAUCAGAAUUCAGCUGGCAGGCUCAUGGGUUUCUUCCCAAAUGAAGGAGAGGUAGCCAAAGCCAAGUACAAGAUUUAACUGCUUCCCUUAAUUUUCUGGUUCUUUUGGAUUCCCUUUUGUAGUUUCCCCAAGAUGUUAUUAAAACAGUGGGCAUUCUCUCUUCUCAUGAGAACUUUGUUGAAAGUAAUACCAUUAAUAAUCAGUCUCUGGUUACCAACUUAAUAUGAUUUCUUGUGUUGCGAUGAAUCAUGUAUUAUUGUUACUUGCUAAUAAUGAUGUGUUGACUAUGCAUUA